CGGGUGUGACUCCUGAAGCAACUGAAUUUAAGCAGAGGUCCAUACUAACCCACCAACAUCCCUUUUUAGGUGCUGUGUGAGAGAGAACGAAGCCAACCAUGAGUUUGACUGAGAAAGACAAGGCUGCCAUCAAGGCGCUGUGGGGCAAGAUCUCCAAGUUCGCCGAUACAAUCAGGACUGACACUCUGGGCAGGAUGCUGAGCGUCUAUCCGCAGACCAAGAUCUACUUUUUUCACUGGGCAGACCUGAGUCCAAACUCUGGCCCCGUGAAGGCCCAUGCAGCGAAGGUGAUGGGUGGAAUUGCUUAGGCUGUGGCCAAGAUUGACGACCUCACUAACAGCCUGCUGGAACUCAGUGAGCAGCACGCCCUCCAGGUGCUUAAAGCCUGUGCCCCCCCAGCUCUGUGGAGUACUUCACACCAUCUUCUGCAUGAGUCUGAGACUGCAGAAAGUCCCUCUGCUUUGGAAGACAUCCUGCCUGGUUCCAGUCCCAGCGGCCCCAAUGACUACAGACCUGUGGCUUUAACAUUGCACAUCAUGAAGACGAUGGAGAGAGUGGUGCUGGAGCAGCUCAGGCCCAUGGUGAAACCCUUCACAGACCCUCUUCAGUUCGCCUACCAGCCCCACCUGGGAGUGGAUGACGCCAUCAUCUUCCUGCUGAACCAAGCCUACACCCAUCUGGACAAGGCAACGAGCAUGAUUCUGUCUCACUGCCUUCUCGUGGCCAUCGCCAACAGGUUGCUGGCUGAGCUGACCCCUGAGGCCCACGUAGCCUUGGAUAAAUUCCUGACCGCUUUGUCCCUGGCUCUUGCUGAGAAUGUGGACUACUGCCUGCGACCAUUUAAUCCAUGGUCAAAAUUAAAUAAACACCAAAAAAACUGA